AGACGAGGUUUUACCACGCCCAAUGCCACCACCACUCUCUCCCCCAGAAGAAAAGAAAAGGAAAACACCACCUCCAACGCUCGCGCCUCUUUUUCCACUGUUUGGCUGCCGAGAAAAUGCUCGAAACUAAGGACCCCGCGAUCAAGCUCUUCGGGAAGAAGAUUUCCCUCCCCGCCGACAUCGAGGACCUGGGUUUUGCUCGCCCUGUGGAGAAAGAAGUGGAAGUAGAAUUGGAAGAGGAGUGCGAAGAGGAGGAAGAAGAUGCAGAGACUGAGCAGGAUUCGCCGUCACAAAAAUCGACUGAGAGCAUAGAACAAGAUGAUGGUUCUCAACCAAAAUCUGAAGACCCUACAAAUCUGGAAACAUUACCAGGUUCUGAUGUGAACCCGAAGACACCCUCUAUAGAUGAAGAAAGUGCACAAACAAAAACUGCUCAGACGGAGAAAGAACAGAGUACUGAAAACUCGGAAGAGAAAACCCUGAAGAAGCCUGACAAGAUACUUCCAUGCCCCCGCUGCAAUAGCAUGGACACUAAAUUUUGUUACUACAACAAUUACAACGUGAAUCAACCACGCCAUUUCUGUAAAGCCUGUCAAAGAUACUGGACAGCAGGCGGUACCAUGAGGAAUGUGCCUGUGGGAGCUGGACGUCGCAAAAACAAGAACUCUGCCUCACACUAUCGCCACAUGACCAUUAGCGAGGCUCUUGAAGCAGCUCGGAUUGAUGCUCCAAAUGGAGUUCACCACCCUGCAUUAAAAAGCAAUGGUAGAGUCCUCAGCUUCGGAGUGGAUGCACCUAUUUGUGAUUCUAUGGCUUCUUCUCUAAAUCCUGCAGAUAAAAAGGUUCCAAAUGGUACUCGAAAUGGUUUACAUAAAAGCGAAGAACAGGUAUUUCCAUCUCCUUGCAAAGCUAGGGACAAUGGCGAUGAUAGCUCCAGUGCAUCUUCUGUAAAUGUUUCAAAACCACAUGUGCAGAAUGUCAAUGGCUUCUCUUCGCAAAUUCCUUGUCUUCCCGGUGUUCCCUGGCCUUAUCCAUGGAAUGCAGCAGUUCCCCCACCGCCUUUUUGUCCUCCAGGAUUUCCUCUAUCAUUUUGUCCUGCACCUUAUUGGAACUGUGGUGUGCCCGGCACUUGGAACGUUCCUUGGUUUGGUCCACAACCCGCUUCUCCAAACCAAAAGUCUCCCCGCUCUGGUUCAAAUUCUCCAACAUUGGGGAAGCACUCAAGGGACGAAGACGUUCUAAAACCAGAAAUUUUGGAGAAAGAAGAGCCAUCAAGACAGAAAAAUGGAUGUGUUUUGGUUCCAAAAACAUUAAGGAUUGAUGAUCCGAGGGAAGCUGCAAAGAGUUCAAUAUGGGCAACGCUCGGAAUCAAGAACGAUUCCAUCAGUGGCGGAGGGUUGUUUAAGGCUUUCCAGUCAAAGAGUGACAAAAAGAAAACCGUUUCUGAAUCCUCUCCCGCUUUGCGAGCAAAUCCAGCUGCGUUGUCUAGAUCCCUCAACUUUCAUGAGAGCUCAUGAAGUAGCUAGCUAGUCAAGUAGCCACGAGUUUUGGCAGAACCCCAUCCAGCUAAAGGCCAUUUUAGUUGAGCCGGUCGAAUCCGGGAUGCGGAAUCAGAGGGGCUGUCUCUACUCUCUAGGGUUCCUCAGUAUGAUAGGGGAACUAAUGUAGGAUAAAGCUCUAGUGGCAACUAUUUUUGCCUCCUUGUAAUGCACAGGAUAAAGCUCUGAUGUACUUAGUUUUCCUGAGUUCGUGUUCAUGUACAUGUCUAUAUCUCUAUAUAUGUGAAAUUCAAAGAUCUUUUUGUUCUCUUU